CUCAACAUUAGUGAGAGCAAAGAAAGUUUGGCAGUAUUUGGUGGUAUUUUUGUUGAUGCAGGAAAAAUCGUUUGGAGGAGGUCCAGGUUUUACUCGGACGAGAUCGUGCUCGGAGUGGCAUACGUCUACGCCAGCUUCAACGAUACCUUCGUCCACGUUACGGAUCUUUUGGGCAAGUAACUAUCUGGCGGAGCACCGGCGGCAUGAAGGUCAAGGCUGAUCGUGACAAGGCUCGCCCUACGCUGCUAUGUGGCCGCUUUGUACGUAGGCGAAAGUGCAAGUCCCUCGGAAUCACUUCGCUGCACAUGAAGCUGCGUGCCGCCGGCGGAACUUGCACCAAGACCCCGGGACCGGGUGCGCAAUCGGUGCUCCGUGCCCUAUCCCGUUCGUCGAUGAAUAUUGUGAAGAUUAUCAAUAUCUUGUUAAGGUAUGAAGUGUAUUGAUUAAUAAAUAUGUACUUUGUUUCAACCUGGCUAGUGUAUUCUUUUUUCAUGCAACUAACUGAAGGAAGACUCUAUCGACAAAAAUCAUACGUGUAAACAUAUUUCAGGACGGGCGAGACGGUUGGCGCAGGGCAUCUAGGUGAAACAUCUCUGAACAUCAAAUCAACACGCAGUUUAGAAUCUCGAAUGAAGCACAACACAGCA